UCCUCGCCCGCCGCCCCGCCUUGCGCCCGGGCCGUGCCCGCCCCGCGCGCGCGCCGCAGGAAGGAGCUGCCGGCUCCAGGCUAGCCGACCCGCACCAUGCCCCGCAUCGAUGCGGACCUCAAGCUGGACUUCAAGGAUGUCCUCCUGCGACCCAAGCGCAGCAGCCUCAAGAGCCGAGCAGAGGUGGAUCUGGAGCGGACCUUCACAUUUCGAAACUCCAAGCAGACCUACUCAGGGAUUCCCAUCAUUGUGGCCAACAUGGACACUGUGGGGACAUUUGAGAUGGCAGCGGUGAUGUCACAGCACUCCAUGUUUACAGCAAUUCACAAGCAUUACACCCUGGACGACUGGAAGCUCUUUGCCACUGAUCACCCAGAAUGCCUGCAGCAUGUAGCCGUGAGCUCCGGCAGUGGGAAGCAUGAUCUGGAAAAGAUGAGCAGCAUCCUGGAAGCUGUGCCACAGGUUAAGUUUAUUUGCCUGGAUGUGGCCAAUGGCUAUUCGGAGCACUUUGUGGAAUUUGUGAAACUCGUCCGUGCCAGAUUUCCAGAGCACACCAUUAUGGCGGGGAACGUGGUGACAGGGGAGAUGGUGGAAGAGCUGAUUCUCUCCGGAGCAGAUAUAAUCAAAGUGGGAGUUGGACCAGGUUCCGUGUGCACCACCCGCACCAAGACGGGGGUUGGGUACCCCCAGCUGAGUGCCGUGAUUGAGUGCGCAGACUCUGCCCAUGGCCUGAAGGGGCACAUCAUCUCUGAUGGAGGCUGCACAUGUCCAGGAGAUGUCGCCAAAGCCUUUGGAGCCGGAGCGGACUUUGUCAUGCUCGGAGGCAUGUUCUCGGGCCACACCGAGUGUGCUGGAGAGGUGAUCGAGAGGGACGGGCAGAAGCUCAAGCUCUUCUACGGGAUGAGCUCCGAAACAGCGAUGAAGAAACACGCAGGAGGGGUGGCCGAGUACAGAGCGUUCGGAGGGGCAAGACCCGUGGGAAGUCCCUUACCAGAAGGAGACGUAGAAAACACGAUCCUGGAUAUUCUGUGGGGACUGAGGUCUACCUGCACCUACGUGGGGGCCGCCAAGCUCAAAGAGCUCAGCAAGAGGACGACGUUCAUCCGGGUGACCCAGCAGCACAACACGGUGUUCGGCUAACCUGGGGGCAGGUGCCGGCUGCUCACAGAAGCUUCCACACACUGCGUUCACAUCCCCGUCCGUCCGUCCGUCUGGGCUUCGGGCUGCUCCUGAACAGCGGGACGCUGCCUCCCCUCCUGCCGCCCGGAGGCGCUGGGGUCCCCUGGUGCC